CGCGUUCGGGCUCUUUACUUUUAGACGUUGCCUCUCUUUCAUUUGUGGGUGCUCAACAACAUCCAAAAGGCAGCUGCGAAAACCCAAGGCCAGACAACCCCCCGCGCUCAUCUGGUUUUCAAGGUCUUAUUUUCCUCAUGCCAAGUUAAAGCGGUACACAGUCGUCUUCUUCCCUUGUAUCUCACGGCACGCCCGUGUCGAUUUGCCGCCCUCGUCAUCCUCCGCCAUGCCUGCAGCUACCAUGAGUUCCAACAAGCGCAUCCUGGGCGAGACGUCCAGUGCUCGGAGGAACAUACCCGCUACUCCAGCAGGUUCGAAAAAGCAAAAGACAGAGCACUUCUCAUCCUCUCCUGCCCCUCGGUUUGCCAGUUCCCAGGCAAAGAUCGCGUCCAGCCAGCCAAAGAGCGCCUUCGAGGCCGAGGUUCUGGAGAAGCUGAGCCAAGACAUCUCUGAGCUCAAACAGAACAACACAGAAAAGGACCAGUCAUGGGGGCGCCCGCCUGUCCCGGAGGACUUCGACCCAAGUUCCUCCAGCCUGUGUUUUCAACAGAUCGAUGCCGAGGAGGGCACCCUGCAUGGUGGCAACCCUACUGUCAAGCUGUUCGGUGUGACUAGCGAUGGCAACUCGGUGAUGCUCCACGUCAAAGACUUCAAGCAUUACCUUUUUGUUGCGGCUCCCGUGGGAUUCACCAACAAGGACUGCAUACCUUUCCGCGCAUACCUGGAGACCCAGGUCGCACAGCACCAGAAGGUCAUUCACGAUGUGGAGAUGCUCAUGCGAGAGAACAUCUAUGGGUUCCAGAACAACACGCAGAACCCGUUCCUCAAAAUCACCGUCACAGAUCCCAAGUUCAUCAACAGGGUUCGAACGACCAUACAGUCCUGUAACGCGAACUGGAAAGGCAUGUGGAAGUCUGCCGACGGCCAGAUCCUCACUUUCGACAACAUUCAGUACCUCUUGAGGUUCAUGGUGGACUGCAAGAUCUUCGGAAUGUCCUGGGUCGAGGUCCCUGCCACCAAGUACGAGCUGAUCCCGGAGCGUGACCGGCAAUCAAACUGCCAGAUCGAGGCGGAGUGCAGCUAUCACGACCUGAUAGCACACAAGCCAGUCGGAGAGUGGUCAAAGAUGGCCCCGCUGAGGAUCUUGUCUUUCGACAUCGAAUGUGCGGGACGCAAAGGCAUCUUCCCAGAAGCCAAUCAUGACCCUGUCAUCCAGAUUGCAAACGUCGUCACCAAGUACGGAGAGAAGAAGCCGUUUGUCCGGAACGUCUUCUGUCUGGACACCACCAGCUCUAUCGUUGCGACUCAGAUCCUCGAGUUCGAGAGGGAAGAAGAUAUGCUGAUGUCAUGGCGGGAUUUCCUCGACAAGGUGGAUCCGGACAUUAUCACUGGCUACAACAUUGCUAACUUCGACUUCCCUUAUCUUCUUGACCGUGCAAAACACCUAAAGUGCAAGGGUUUCGAGUACUGGUCCCGGAUUCCGACGGUGAAGUCAGUGUCGAAAGAGACGAACUUUUCCAGCAAGCAGAUGGGCAACCGCGACACCAAGGCAACAAACACAAAUGGUCGGUUGCAGCUGGACUUGUUGCAGCUGAUCCAGCGAGACCACAACUUGCGAAGCUACACGCUGAACUCUGUGUCAUCGCACUUCCUCGGGGAGCAGAAGGAAGACGUGCAUUACACGAUGAUUACCGAGCUGUUCAACGGCACACCGGAGUCCCGAAGACGUCUGGCACUAUACUGUCUGAAGGAUGCGUACCUCCCACAAAGAUUGAUGGACAAGCUUUCAUGUCUCGAAAACUACACCGAAAUGGCAAGAGUCACAGGUGUACCAUUCAAUUUCCUCCUGUCCCGUGGCCAGCAGGUCAAGUUCAUCAGCCAGCUGUUUCGCAAAGCUCUGGAGCAGAAACUGGUCAUCCCAGACCUGAAGGGCGAGGGCAGUGACGACCAGUAUGAAGGCGCAACAGUCAUUGAGCCGACUCGCGGCUAUUACGACGUCCCCAUAGCGACAUUGGAUUUCGCCUCACUAUACCCUAGUAUCAUCCAGGCACACAACUUGUGCUACACCACGCUGGUCUCGAAGAAGGCGGUUGAAGCGUUCAACUUGAAGAAAGAUGAGGAUUACAUUGUCACACCCAACGGAGACCUGUUCGUGACGACGAAACAACGGAAAGGGCUCUUGGCGCAGAUUCUUGAGGAACUGUUGUCUGCAAGAAAACAAGCCAAACGGGAGCUGGCGGCAGAGACGGACCCCUUCAAGAAAGCCGUGCUGAACGGUCGUCAGUUGGCCUUGAAGGUUAGCGCGAACUCGGUCUAUGGUCUCACAGGUGCAAGCAACGGAAAGCUGCCGUGCUUGGAAAUCGCCAGUAGUACCACCAGUUUUGGUCGUCAGAUGAUCGAGAAGACCAAGAACGAAGUCGAGGCCAGGUAUAACAUCGCCAAUGGUUACUCUCAUGAUGCGCAGGUCAUCUAUGGUGACACGGAUUCGGUGAUGGUCAAGUUCGGCACUACAGACCUUGCAGAAGCCAUGAAGCUCGGCGAAGAUGCGUCACAAUACGUCUCGGCCAAAUUCGUCAAGCCGAUCAAGCUGGAGUUUGAGAAGGUUUACUUCCCUUACCUGUUGAUCAACAAGAAGCGAUAUGCCGGACUAUACUGGACCAAGCCUGAAAAGUGGGACAAGAUGGACACCAAGGGAAUUGAGACCGUGAGACGCGAUAACUGUCUUCUUGUUCAGACAGUCAUCGAGAAGGUGCUAAGGAUGAUCCUGAUCGACCGGGACGUCCCAGGAGCCCAAGAUUAUGUCAAGGAUACGAUCGCAGAUCUGCUGCAGAACAAGGUGGACAUGUCCAAACUUGUCAUCACCAAAGCCCUCACAAAGGAUGACUACACGGCGAAGCAAGCGCACGUGGAGCUGGCGCACCGCAUGAAGAAGCGUGACGCAGGCUCAGCACCGGGCCUGGGUGACCGAGUGGCCUACGUGAUGGUGAAGGGCGCUGCCGGGUCCAAGAACUUUGAAAACUCGGAGGAUCCAAUCUACGUCCUGGAGCACAAUGUGCCCAUCGAUACAAAGUACUACCUAGACAACCAGCUUGCAAAGCCCCUGGGCCGGAUCUUCGAGCCCAUCCUGGGAGAGACGAAGGCCAAGUCGCUGCUGGCGGGUGCGCACACGCGGUCGAUCGCUGUCGCAGCACCGACAAUUGGCGGGCUGAUGAAGUUCGCGAAGAAGACCCAGACGUGCAUGGGCUGCAAGAAGCCGCUGACGAGUAAGGAGGAGGCCCAGGGCGCCGUGUGCGCGGACGACGCGCCACGGAUUGGCGAGCUGUACAAGAAGACGCUGGACAAGGUAUCAGACCUGGAAGUGCGCUUCGGACGGCUGUGGACGCAAUGCCAGCGCUGCCAGGGAAGCAUGCACUGCGAGGUCAUCUGCAGCAGCAAGGACUGCCCAAUCUUCUACAUGCGCAUGAAGGCGAAGAAGGAUCUGGAGGAUGGCAACAAGGAGCUCCAGAGGUUCGACUUCGACCAGGCGGCCAUCUGGUAGGCGGGGAUCAGGCGGGCCAAAGGUGGUGACCAAGCCGUGCGGGUGGCGGUGGCUCACAUGAGGGUUGAUCUGGCAUCGUUAUUGUGGAGACUUACUAGGUGCAUGAACGAAGGGGCAAUGGAUUUUGAGAUGGAGUUCAGGAAGGACCGGGGGCUUCAAUGAGGGCCAGUGCUGGCGUACGGACAUUUGAUAUGCGUGAUGCGCGGAUAGGGCAGGGAACAACGUAUGAUAAUAUCUCUCAGUCAUGCCUAUUCAUGUCAGAGCCGUUCUCGCAGGAGAGCAAGUCGGGCGGAUUUCCGAGGAAGGGUUCGAUUUCCGACGUGGAGCCUGUCGGAGCCGACAGCCUGUAGGAAAGAAAGCCCAAGGAGGCGACUCUGGGGACCCUGAGGGAGUAUUUGGACUGAAGUCGUCCCAGCAGAGUAAGGACCAGCGCGUGGGUAGAAAGUGUGGGGGUUGUAUAGGCGACGCACCCCGGAUUGAGGAGCGGGAUCGCAUCAACGCGCAGCGCAAUACGCGCCUCGGCCUCAUCAGCUUUGGGCUGGCUUGGCUGGGCCUCUGGCUAGGCGUGCAGCCC